AUGCUUUUUUCCCUCCUAGAUUUUAGGGCAGGACUCUCACUUUCGGCCAUUGAAAAGGAGAAAUACACAUGCAGAACAUUUGGCAGCGGAGUCGUCCAGCCGUUCAAAGGCACCCUUUUCAACGUGCGCUCGACUUGCCCUUUCACCCUCACCCGCUUCACCCACAACCGGGUGGACUGUGACAUCACUAUACAACGGGGAGCCAACGGGCUGCUCGUCCAAGUUGAGAUCAUCAUCAACAAAAUCAGAACCGUUCUGCAGAAUGGAAACAUCCUGGUGGAAGAGAAAAGCAUUUUGCUUCCGUACCAGCACACCUACCAGCGUAUUUUUCAUUUUGGCGUCUACACCAAACUGAGGAGUUCGCUGCUUCCUCUCUCCAUCACCUGGCACAGCGUACGCGGAGGAAUAGAUAGUUUGUGGGUGGAGCUGGAGCUGAGCACUGAUAUGACCGGCCUGUGUGGACAACACAAUACCUUUGGGGAUGUGCAGCCGUUGAUUGCAGAGAGCGUGCUUCCAGCGGACACAUGUCAAACCUGAGAUCCUGCAUACACAUUGUCACCAGUAUGCAGGCAUUUCUUUUCCUUUGCUUUGGAUUGUCUGCAAAACCAAAUUCCUCAUUACAUCAAGCUAUGUGAAGAGAAUAUUCACAGUUAUGAGGAAAGCCAAGAUGUGAGCUGUGCUUUCUUCAGAGAAGUUGCUCAGCAGUGCGGAAAUGCCAGCUUCAUCUGGAAUAUGUGGAGAAGUGCAACCAACUGUGAUGAGCCAAAAUGUCGAGGAGACCUGGUUUAUGUGGAAAGGGGAGAGCCCUUUAUUCCCAGCUGCUCCAGUCCAAACCCCAGAUUAUCCAACCAGGAUUUGUCCAGUUCCUGUGUUUGUCCAACAGGUAAAGUGCUAAAUGAUCAUGAGGAUGGCUUUCGCUGUGUGAGUUUGUCCAACUGCCCCUGCGUGUUUGCCAGAGAGAUCUACGCAGCUGGAAACAUACGUAACACAAAGUGUCAAUCUUGUGUGUGUGACAGGGGGAAGUGGCAAUGUUCUCGAAGCAUCUGCCCACCAAAGUGUCAGGUUGAAGGGCAGUCUGUGACAACCUUUGAUGGCAAACAGUAUGAUGUUCCUGGCAAAUGUUCAUAUGUGGCUGCACAGGGUCUCAACUGGAAAAUCUGGAUUCACUUUUCUGAAAAGGCAGCGUACGUGGACAUAGUCAGGCUUGAGAUUUUCCAGGAAAUUUACACAUUCACCCGUGAUAUGGUUACAUUUGAGGGCAUCGAUAUUACUGAACUUCAUCAGUCUGAUCAUGUCCUGGUUUUCUGGCAGUCAUCCAUGUACGUCCAAGUCCACACAUCCUACGGACUGAAGCUCCAAGUCCAGAUGUCCCCUGAAAUCCAACUCUAUAUCACACCACUUGACAACCAGAAUGGCAUAAUAUCAGGUCUUUGUGGUAAUAACAAUGGUGACACAGCAGAUGACUUCACCACCAGCAGUGGGAUUAUAGAGAACUCAGCUCGGCUUUUUGGUCUUUCCUGGAGUAUGGGGGAUUGUACUUCAAAUAUACCACCAUCAUGCAUCAGUAGAGACAAUGAAAUAUUUGCAGAAGAAAAGUGCUUUGUUUUGAGGGACACAUCUGGGAUAUUUUCUAGUUGCCAUGAUUAUAUCUCAAGUGAUUACUACCACUUGGCUUGCAUCCAGAAGACCUGUAACUGUGGCAGCGGUCUGCAGCAGUGCUUGUGCGUUGCUCUGGCUAACUAUGCCAAAGCGUGCGCCAGCCUAGGCAUUUUUGUCGGUGAUUGGCGAAAGGCGACCGACUGCACUCUUACGUGCCAAAUGAACCAAGAGUUCUCCUACAACAUGCGGGCGUGUAACCACACGUGCCGAUCCCUGUCCGGCCCGGACCCUCGCUGUUGGGUGGAUGAUGACCCUGUGGAAGGCUGCGGCUGUCAGGAAGGAACUCACCUGAGCCAAAGACUGAUCUGCACCCCAAAAGCACAGUGUGAAUGUCACCACCAGGGUGGUACAACAAACCCAGGACCUGUUGUCCUCGAUGGAACUCAAUGCUUCUGCAAGAACGGAGAGCUGCACUGUUCCGAGGAUUGCGGCUGCAGCAACGGGAAGAUUUGUGUUCAUUGCUCGGAAUACCCAGUUAGCACAGCUCAGAAGACCUGCAACAGUCUCAGCAAACCGAUGGGUGUGAACUCCACCUGUGAGAGCGGCUGUUAUUGUCCAGAUGGUCAGUACGAGGAUCACCAUGGCGACUGCGCUUCUCUGAGUGACUGCACCUGUGUGUACAGCGGCAGAGUGUUCAGCGCAGGAGACAGUGUGAAGAGCAGCUGCAGGACGUGCAUCUGCAGGCAGGGACAGUGGAACUGUGACAACAAGCCAUGCGCCGGGAAGUGUCAAGUGUACGGAAAUGGGCACUACCAGACGUUUGACUCCAAGUGGUACAGCUUUGACGGAAACUGUCAGUACACACUUGUGGAGGAUGACUGUGGAAGUGGAAAAGGCUCAUUUUCCAUCAGUGCAGAGAGCGUACCCUGCUGUGACGAAGCACUCACCUGCUCACGUUCCAUCAUCCUUGACCUGCAGGGUGAAGUCACCUUGACCUUGAGUGACAUGAAGGUCACCCGACGCUACCAUAAAGGCUGGUCAAUGCUCGCAGCUUCGGUCUUCUCCACACACACCGUGGGACUCUACAUUGUAAUAUCAGUGCCAAGCAGAGGCCUGACUCUGAUCUGGGACAAACACACCCGCCUCAACAUCGAGCUCCAUGCAGACUGGAGGAACCAUGUGUGUGGCCUCUGCGGUAACUUUGACUCCAAUGAGAUGAAUGACUUGCAGGUUAGCAGCUCAGCAGUGAUUUCUAGCCCCAUCACAUUUGGCAACAGCUGGAAGGCGACUGCGUCCCCGUGCUCUGAUGUGACCACAGAGAUAUUUCCGUGCGAACGUCACUCCUACUGUUUAGCCUGGGCUCAGCGACGCUGUAUGAUCCUUAAAGGAGAAACCUUCAAAGACUGCCACCUCACCGUGGACCCCGAGCCGUACUACCAGGCCUGUGUGCAGGAGUCCUGCUCCUGUCAGUUGGAAGGGACGUUUUUGGGCUUCUGCACAGCUGUGGCGGCGUACGCCGAGGCCUGCGGUGAUCAGGACGUCUGUGUAAAAUGGAGAACACCUGAUAUGUGCCCGGUCUACUGCGACUACUACAAUGAGCAGGGCCAGUGUAGGUGGCACUAUGAGGCUUGUGGGAGGGUCCAAACCUGCGGUAAAGAAAACCACUUCACUGGCAAACUGGAAGGAUGUUACCCCAGAUGUCCAGCUGAGGCGCCAUACUUUGACGAAAACACCCGUCAGUGCUCCACGCUGCAAAACUGCACAUGUUAUUUCAAUGACACAGUUCUUCAGUCUGGAACAGAGGUGGCGAUAAAGUCUGCUGUGUGCGCCUGUAAAAAUGGAAUCAUUACGCCCCCACCACCAUCAUCCACUACUACACCCAUGACCACCCAGACGUCAAGGACAACAGCCACAACUGCUAUAACUACCACUGAAAGCCUUACAACUGUGCUUACCACCACCUUUACACCAGUGACUACAAGUGCCUCAACAACCGCUGUCACUUUAAUAUCCACUGAAAAACACAACACAACAACAACUGGGUUCACCACUGUUGGCACAGAGGCAACAAGUCCUGAAGCCAGUACAGAACCAACACCGCACUUCCCAUCCAGUACUGCGCCCCCAUCACCCACAACCAGAACUACACUUGUCACCAAUGAGACAUCAAGGACAACAACAACCACAACUGCUUCAGCUACCACUGAACCCAACGCAACAACCACCACUGCUGUAACAGUUACCAAGAUACAACCUACAACUGGAACCAGUCCAAGUACAACAAGUGUAACUGAGUCCACCACAGAGGAGCUGCCCACAUCGACCUCAAUAACGCCUUCUUCUUCUACCACAUUCUCAGAACUGACAACCACUGCAGGACCAACCACAAAUAUCACCAGUACCACUAAAGAAAAAACACAUCAUACUUCAGUAACUGUCACCUCGACAACACCUGGAUCCACCACCAUUAGCACAGAAACAACGCCACACUUCCCAUCUAGUACUGAGGCUUCUACCAAACCGCCGCCGUGUGAGUGCACAGACCUGAAGAGGAAGCAAAGUUGGAGCUGCGGUGAAACUUGGACAGAGGACUGCUUCAUCAAGCAUUGCACAAAUGGGAAGAUCGAGUUGACACCAGUGUCUUGUCCAAAAUCUACAUUUCCCGUCUGCCCCAGAGGGCUUAUCGCAAAGGUGUCAGACGGAUGCUGUGAGACGUGGAAGUGCGACUGUCGCUGCGAGCUCUACGGGGAUCCGCACUACAUUUCAUUCCAAGGCGUCCCCUUUGACUUUCUGCAAAACUGCACCUACGUGCUGAUGGAAGAGCGUUUGCCACGUCAUCAUCUGACCAUCGCUGUGGACAACUUCUACUGCGUGCCGGGCCUCUGGGGCUCGUGCAUUAAAGGGAUCAUCCUGAGAUAUCAGAACAAUACUGCUACCCUCGGCAUCAACUCAAACAUGCCUACCUUAAAGGUCACUCUGAACAAUGUGGCCAUACAGCCACCAUAUGAGGCCAAUGGCAUGAGGUUUGACACCACUGGGUAUUUCAUCUACAUCUACCUUCCAGAAAUCCGAACGUAUAUCUCCCUCACGCCGACCUACACGCUGGUGGUCAAUCUGGCCAUGGAGCACUUCUUCAAUAACACCCAGGGGCAAUGUGGUGUGUGUGGAGUCGGAUCGUGUGUCCGUAGAGGAGGGCAGAUUGAGGAGGACAGUUGCUGCCAUAACACGGCCUACGAUUGGGUUGCCGCUGACCCUUUGAAGCCAGAAUGUGCCUCUGCACCAGUGGACAUACCCUGUCACUCUGUCCCUUCUCCUAUCCCACCCCGGUGCCUUGGUAGCCCGUUGUGUGAACUGCUGGAUGACCCAGUGUUUGCAAACUGCAGCCAGUUUGUGGAUCUACAACUUAAAAAGAAGAACUGCCAGAGUGACUCAUGCACCUUCACACCUGCCGCUUGCUCUUCUCUGGAGCAAGCUGCCGAAGAAUGCAAGAACGUCGGUUUUUGUAUUGAAUGGAUGAACCUGACUAACGGAGAGUGCAACAUGACGUGCCCAGAUGGACUCGUCUACAGAGCGUGCAGCAACAAGCUGGAUGACGUCUGCUAUGGAGGGAUGCAUCAGCAAGGGGCCUUAUUGGAGAAACCAAAGGCAGGCUGUUACUGUCCUGAUGGCAAGACGAAGGCAGGGAAUCACAUAAAUACAUGCGUGUCAAGCUGCUUCUAUUGUAAAGGCCCACUUGGUGAACCUAGAAUGCCCGGUGAAUUGUGGGAGUCCAACUGUCACUGGUGCACAUGCAACAACCAGACUUACACAGAGGAGUGUGUUCCAAAACUUUCCGUCCCACCACCUGUCUGCAACUCCACUGCCGUCCUGGUUAUGACCCCUUGCUGUGCAAAUCAGAUAUGUGUUGACAAGACGUGCAACUAUAAAGAAUUUACAUACAAGGUGGGAGACAGAUGGACAGACGCUGCUCAUCCCUGCGUGUCGUUCAGCUGCAGCACAGAAGGCGUCCAGCGGGAGACUCGAGUGUGUCCCACUGAAAACUGCCCUGAGGAUGACAGGAUUUGGGAUGACCACCACUGCUGCUUUACAUGUAACCAGAGCUGUGCUCCCAGGCUUUCCAGCAUUAACGUUACCGCAGACAACUGCACCGCUGUCCUGCAGCUUCUUGUGUGUCAGGGGCAAUGUGCUGCUCAGCCCAGUGGUGGCACCGUGCUGCACGGUGUCCUGCAGGUGGCGCAGCACUUCACGUGCUGUCUGGAGCAGAGAGCAGAGUGGAGGUCAGUGGCCCUGCAGUGCUCCGACCUCACGACCCGACACUAUGCCUACCAGCACAUCAGCAGUUGCCAGUGUGGAAGCUGCAGCACGCUACGUUAAAACAAUUAUGCAAUUUAAUCACUAGACUCCACAAUCAGUAGAGAAUACACACGAAUGUGAGAAACGCAAUGUUGUCUUUUGGUUUUUGUAAUUAAAGCAUUUACUGGA